AUGCCAGGUUCAGGUCUGAGGAGCAGCGGCUCCGUCACGUUGCUUUGUCUCGGUGUGUUUGUGUUCCAUGCCGCUCCGGGCCGGGCGGACUGCCGGGCCGCGGGCCUGUGCUGCUCCGGCCGCGACCCGUCCUGCACCAGUGAGGGCUGGAGGUCUGACCGCUCCUACGGCCCCUGCUACUGCGACCAGGCCUGCGUCUCCACCCGGGACUGCUGCCACGACUAUGAGGCCGCCUGUCCGGCGGUGUCCUGCAUGGUGAGUGAGUGGACGGAGUGGUCCGGCUGUGCUGAGCCGUGCAGGGCCACAGUUCGCAGGCGGAGCAGGGUCAUCGUGCAGGAGCCGCUCAAUGCAGGGAAACCCUGUCCCCAUCUGGAGGAACACGCUGGCUGUGCAGAGUACUGGUCAAAUCACGGGAACUGUCACAGCUCACUGGUUCCAGCUCUUAUAACCACAAGUGGCUAUGGCAACACGAGGAAGAAAAGAGACAUCCUCGACAGCGGCGACAUUAUCGGGUAUUGUGUCCAGUUUCAGUUGACCUCUCUGACAAAAGGGUGCCAGGAGAGUCUGGGCCCACACACCCAGUGGAUGCAGUACCUGAGGCAGGGCCACCAUGUGUGUGUGAGGUGCCAGCCGCCUGCUCUCGCUAAUGGGCAGCAACACUGUGCUGGAGACGGUGAGGAAAACACAGACGACAGGAGACAGUCUCUCCAGUGGCAGGCGGUGGGAAACCCUCGAUGCAAGGGAGUGUGGAGACGUGUGGGCAGGUUGGAGGCCUGCUCCUGCCCAACAGUCCACAGCUUCCUCUUCAUCUGAUUGCCUCCUUCCCU